CGGAAUGAAGUGCGCUGUCUAUGAUUUGAUUUUUUUUUCAAGCAUUCUUGGUAUUGUAGCGCCACCUAUUUAAGGUUUUUUGAUAACACUUUGGUACAUAGAGAUUUAAUUCCUUACCUCCACCUUCCAUACUCCAGUGUUCGAGGGUGGAAUCGAACCAGCGCCCUCUGCAAUCGCGGCAGACGCCCAAAACCGCUCGGCCACCCGGGUCCCAGCAUGAGUCGAGUUUUUCCCUCGUAUAUGCAGUUUCACUCGUAUAUGAAAUUUCAUUUCGAGAGAAAACGGUCAAAUCAUAAAGCAGAGUGAUAGGGAUAUACUCUCUACUAAAUUUUGAACUUUAUUUCAAACAGAUAUAGUUCAAUUUUGCACAAUUUCUGAUACCUUUAUGCCUUAAAAAGGUUUAAAUUAGAAAUGAAAAGAUUUCUGAACGAAUCGUGACCGUCUUGGUGACAGUUGACAUCUGGUAAACAUAACCUAAAAACUAUUUAAUGUUUACUUCUGUAAAUAUCACUGAAAUACUGUAAUUUCCGCUACUAUUAUUCAUUUAACUGUAUCAAAAUGUCAAUUGAUGCUUAUUUUUGUUUUUGCUGUUUAUCAACCAACGAUUUGAUAAAUUUAUACAGUGAUAAACCCGAUACAAACUAUGCCGAAAUGCUAACCGAUCUUUAUUCUAUUCAGCCUUUACAAGAAGAUUACGAAGACGACAGUUUCGUGUGUGAAGAGUGUGCUCGAGCGCUGCAAGAGGCUCGAAAGUUCAGGCGCCAAGUUCAUGACACACUCAAUGCUUUGGAGGUUAAUGGAUUAAUUGAACUGGAGAAAUCAGAAAAAUGUACAGUUGUGCGGAAAGUCUCCGGAGAAUUCGUUUUAGAAGCAGAUGUCAAAUAUAAUGUUGAGGAUAAAAAACUGACUGACGACGAUAAACAAGACCUAAACCAUCCAGACUCUGCAGAAAAAGACAAAACACAAUCUGGCAUAGCAUUAGAAAGAGAGAAGCGCAUCACAGUAGCCCGGAAACGGAAGAAAGAGCCAACGGUCAAGAAUGAGGUACAAUAUGAGGUCACGGAAGAUUUCAAGUGCGUGGAGUGUGGUAUGGUGCUCCCCAACGCAUACGUGUACCAUGCGCAUAUGAAUAAGCACUUUCCGAAUCAUAUUUGUGAGACUUGCGGGAAAGGUUUCCUGACGAAGAAGAGACUCAAACGCCACAUGCCAUCCCACAUCAAAGGCCCGUUUAAAUGCGAGCAGUGUGACACGGAGUUCAACAACUACAACUCUUUGAAUUCACACAGACAACGCAAGCAUAAAUCGAUUGACCUAUACGCGUGUCCGCACUGCCCGUCCCGCUUCCCCACGCUGACGCGGCGCGCGCGCCACCUGGCCGCGCGGCACGGCGCGCGCGCGCCGCACAGCUGCUCAGUCUGCUCCAAGGAUUUCUUGCUCGCAGGAAAUUUGUCAACACACAUGCGCAACAAGCAUUUCAAAGAGAAGCGUCACUUCUGCGUGGAGUGCGGCGCCGGCUUCUUCCAGAAGCAGGAGCUGCGCGGGCACGUGGCGGCGCACACCGGCGCCAACGAGUUCCAGUGCGCGCUCUGCGAUAAAAGUUAUCCUCGCAAGAAAGCGCUGGACGUCCACAUGAGAGGCCACCGCGACGAGCGUCGGUUCCACUGCGAACUCUGCGGCAAAAAGUUCCUGCAAAAAUGCACUUUGAUUACACACGCUAAGACACACAACCGCGCGGAAUUACAGAAGAAACUGGACGUCUUAUAACCUCGUAAGGCCCAAUGUACAUUAUAAUAUACACUGCGUUUCAAUGUAAUUAUAACCUUAAACCAAA